AUGAAGCGUCUCCGCCACCCGUACGUGGUUCGUUGCGUUGAGUCUUUUGUUAUAUUAAAUACUUUUCUAGUUAUUGUGAUGGAGUACUGCGCUGGUGGGGACCUGACAUCUUUCUUAGAUAAGAGACGGGGGCCCCCCAAGCAGCUGGGGGGCCCCUCAGGGGGCCCCCCAUGUGGGGGCCCCUCCGGUGCUGCCCCUAGCAGCGCCGCGGGGAGAGAAGAGACAGCUGCUGCUGCUGGUGCAACAGCAGUAGCAGCUGCACCAGCAGGAAGAGGAGAAGCAGCAUCAUCAUCACCAGCAGCAGCAGCAGCAGCAGCAGCAGCAGAAUGUGGAGAGUUGCUAGAAGAGCAGCAAAUACUGGAAUGGCUGCUGCAGCUGCUGUGGGGCCUUGAGUACGUGCACUCGCAGCGUGUGUUGCACCGCGACCUGAAGCCGAGCAACAUCCUUCUAUCUCCAGUCUUACCCAGCAGCACCAUCAGCAGCACCAUCAGCAGCAGCAGCAGCAGCAGGAGCAGCAGCAGCAGCAGCAGGAGUGUGAGUCUAAAGAUAGGGGAUUUCGGUAUAAGUAAGGUGAUGACAGCAACACUGGGUGUGGCUACAACAGCUGUCGGUACACCCCAAUAUAUGUCUCCAGAGAUGUUAGAGUCUCAGCCGUAUACAGUGAAGAGCGAUGUAUGGGCAUUGGGGUGUAUACUGUAUGAGUUAUGUACUUUUCGUAGUGCUUUUGCUGCUGACUCUUUUAUUUCUCUUGUAUGGACCAUUGCCUUUGCCCCCAUAGAGCCCAUCAGCACUGUAUAUACACCCCAUCUACACCGUCUCCUCGCAGCCAUGCUACAGAAAGACCCCACACGCAGACCCACACCAACACACCUACUCAGGGAUCCCUUUCUACAAGCAUUCGUACACAGACACACACAACCACCACCACUGCCCAUCAUACACCAACAACAACAUAUGCAUGUGCUGCAGCAGCAGCAACUGCAGCAGCAACAGCAGCAGCAGCAGCAGAUAAGGUCACCUCAACAGAACAUGCAGCAAAUACACCACAGACAGCAGCAAGGAGACAGUCCGUAUGAACAGCAGCCUGAAGACUUCUUCGCUGCCCAGCAGCAGCAGCAGCAGCAGCAGCAGCAGGAGCAGCAGCAGCAGGAGUGUGAGUCUAAAGAUAGGGGAUUUCGGUAUAAGUAA